AUGUAAUAAAAGUCUACUUCUUAUGCAAGAUAGGCCCUUUAGCAAAUUGCAUUUGAGAUGGGAAAGCCAACCUCUUUGGUAGAACCAUACAUUGCAAUGUAUAUAACUUAGCCUAUUUUAGUCUAGAGGAAAAUUGGUAUGAUACAAAGGACUCAAUCAAACAAAUGAAGUAAGAAAAUUUCGAUGAAUUCAAAAUUCCAAAGCGAAUUGGCUAAUUGCUAAUGGAAUACGUUCAAAGACCAGACGAUUAGAAAUAAAACUGGCAAUUAGAAUUGGCUAAAAUAUUUUCAGAAAUUUCAGAUUAGGAUUAACUUUAUAAAACAUUAGAAAUACUUUUUAAAAUAAUUUCCAAUGUAGUGAUGAAUCCACUUAGUCUAGAUAAAUAGAGGAUAAACAUCUCCUCUAAAACUCUUUAAAAUAACAUAUUAAAAUACCAAUCUGCAUUAAAUUAUCUAGCGAAUUUGGGUUGGAAAUUAGAAGCUGAAUUUUUACUAGUUGAAUAUAAAAUGGAACAACAAGCUAUUUGGAAAGAGGCUGCAGAAGAAUUAGUGAAUUAUACAUAAAAGGACUCUGGAUUCAAUCCAAAAGCAGCAAUCAUUCACACUUCAGCUUAGAAUGUAUCCAUCACUUCAGAAUUAGCCAAACACGAAGGCUAUGAUGUUUAUUCAUUCUCUUAGAAGCUUGAACAAUUGCAUCAGAAAAGAUUUGUAAUAUAAAUUAGUAAUUUUAGCAAAUUAUGAGCUAACCCAUAACUAAUAGAGAAAUUAAAGUGUUUAUAGGUAGAAAACAACAAUCGCCAGUGCAAUUGCAAUAGCAAAUCCAAGGAUAAGACGAUUAUGAGGAAGUACAACCUUAAAAAGAUUAACAGCUUUUGCAGUUUCUUUAAUAAGUUGCAUAGGUAUAAUUUAAAUGAUAAAUCUUUAAUAGUCAUUAGAAGAAUAGUAAUUUGCAUCUAAAAGAAAGAAGGAAUAUUUGGACCUUCUUAGCAAGCCAAUAUUUGCCAAAACAGAUAUUAGAAUUUAAUUUCCAAAUAGUGUAAUCGUUUAGGCCAUCUUUGGUCCAUUAGAAACAUUGAAAGCCUUAUAUGAUUUGAUAUAGGAUGUAAGAGUAUUGAAAUUAUAGAUUAUGCGCAGAUGUUAGAAAAUAGAAACCUUGAUUUCUACUUGUAUACUUCCCCUCCUCCAAUUAGAAUGACAUAAAAGUAUUUGAAUCAAACUUUUGAUGAAUUAAAUUCUGUUCCAAAUGGAUUAUUCUAUUUUGGAGUUGAAUAGCAGACUUCAAACUGUUAUUUAAAAGAAUCAUGGAUGUAAAGUGCUAGGGAGUUAUGA